AUGUCUGAAGAAAAAGAGAGAAUUGCUUUAGUUACUGGUGCAUCUUCUGGUAUUGGGUUUGCAGUAACUCAAAAAUUGGCUUCAAAAGGGUUUAAAGUUUAUGCAUGUGCUAGAAGAACUCUUGAAAUCGAACCAUUGGUUAGGUUAUAUCCAAAUAAAGUCAUUGCUACAAAGAUCGAUAUUUCAAAUGAAGAAGAGAUCUUGGAAUUGAGGGAAAGAUUGUCUGAGGAAUUGCCAGAUCAAAAAUUAGAUGUUUUAUAUAACAAUGCUGGUCAAAGUUGUACUUUCCCAGCUUUGGAUGUCACUGAUGCUGCUAUGAAACAAUGUUUUGACGUUAACGUUUUUGGUCAUGUAAACAUGUGUCGUGAAUUAUCAAAAUUCUUAAUUAGAGCAAAAGGUACUAUCGUUUUCACAGGUUCCAUUGCUGGUAUUAUUACUUUCCCAUUUGGUAGUAUUUACAGUGCAAGUAAAGCUGCUAUUCAUCAAUAUGCUCGUGGUUUACAUUUAGAAUUAAAGCCAUUCAAUGUUAGAGUCAUUAACGCUAUCACUGGUGGGGUUAACACCAACAUUGCUGAUACUAGACCAUUGCCAUCCGGUUCUAUCUUCAAUUUUGAGGAAGGUAUCGAAGCUUUCCAAAAUAGACAAUUGAUGGCAAAGAGAAACAAUCCAAUGUCUGCUGAUGAAUAUGCCGAAUUGUUAGUCAAAGACAUAUUGAGCUCUAAGGAUCCAGUGGACGUCUACAGAGGUACUUUUGCCAGAUUCAUGUCUUAUGUUCAAUAUUUUGUUCCUUAUUGGUUGUUAGAAUAUGCAUUAAUCAAGAAAUUCAAAUUGGGCAAGGUUUUCACAGCAUUAAGCUCCAAAAGUAAGAGAGAAUAA